GGUCCUCGAGAACGUUAACCGAAUAAAGGAAAGUAGAAAAUCAAAGGUCACCAAGCACAGCUCUUAAAGGGCUAUCGUGCACCUGUGCCGCAGUGCCUGAGUUGAGGAGCUUCGGGACAGUGCUGGCUGAGCUAUAGCACUUGGGCCUGGGGCAAGGAUGGGGCUGCACAACCCCCUAGGAUUCGGCUCUAGUCAGUGAGCAGAGCAGUCACCUGUCUGAUCCCCACCUCUGCCUCGGAGUUGUAGACCUAAGAGCCGGUCCCCAUGGCACAGCCAGAUGCUUCCUGCUCCAGCGUGGAGUCCCGAGCCGCCGCCUCCCGCGAGCUGCUUCUGGCGGCGCUCGAGGACCUGAGCCAGGAACAGCUGAAGCGCUUCCGCCACAAGCUGCGGGACGCGCCGCUGGAGGGCCGCAGCAUCCCGUGGGGGCGGCUAGAGCGCGCAGACGCCGUGGACCUCGCGGAGCAGCUGACCCAAUUCUACGGGCCGGAGCCCGCGCUGGACGUGGCCCGAAAGACCCUGAAGAGGGCGGACAUACGCGAUGUCGCGGCGCGGCUCAAGGAGCAGCGGCUGCAGCGGCUCGGCCCCAGCUCCUCGGCGCUGCUCUCCGUGUCCGAGUACAAAAAGAAGUACCAGGAGCACGUGCUGCAACAGCACGCCAAGGUGAAGGAGAGGAACGCCCGCUCGGUGAAGAUCAACAAGCGCUUCACCAAGCUGCUCAUCGCGCCCGAGAGCGCCGCGCUGAAGAGCGAGGCCCCGGGGCCCGAGGAGGAGCCGCAGCCAGAGCGCGCUCGGCGCUCGGACACCCACACCUUCAACAGCCUGUUCCGCCGCGAUGAGGAGGGCCAGCGGCCGCUGACCGUAGUGCUGCAGGGCCCGGCGGGCAUCGGCAAGACCAUGGCGGCCAAGAAAAUCAUGUACGACUGGGCAUCGGGCAAGCUGUACCACGGCCAGGUGGACUUCGCCUUCUUCGUGCCUUGCCGAGAGAUGCUGGAGCGACCGGGCACGUGGAGCCUGGCCGACCUGAUUCUGGACCAGUGCCCGGACCGCAGCGCGCCGGUGCAGCAGAUGCUAGCGCAGGCGGAUCGGUUGCUCUUUAUCCUGGACGGCGCGGACGAAUUGCCCGCGCCGGGGCCGGCCGGGGCGACACCCUGCGCCGACCCCUUCGAGGCCGCAGGCGGCGCGCGGGUGCUGGGCGGCCUGCUGAGCAAGACGCUGCUACCCAGGGCCCGCCUGCUGGUGACCACGCGCACCGCCGCUCCGGGCAGGCUGCCGGGCCACCAGUUCUCGCCGCAGUGCGCCGAGGUGCGCGGCUUCUCCGACAAGGACAAGAAGAAGUACUUCUACAAGUUCUUCCAGGACGCGAGGAGGGCAGAGCGCGCCUACCGCUUCGUGAAGGAGAACGAGACGCUGUUCGCGCUGUGCUUCGUGCCCUUCGUCUGCUGGAUCGUGUGCACCGUUCUUCACCAGCAGCUGGAGCUUGGCCUGGACCUGUCGCGCACCUCCAAGACCACCACGUCCGUGUACCUGCUUUUCAUCGCCAGCGUCCUGAGCUCGGAUCCCGCCGCAGGGCACAGGAUGCAGGGCGAGCUGCGCAAGCUGUGCCACCUGGCCCGCGAAGGCGUUCUCGGGCGCAGAGGGCAGUUCGCUGAGAAGGAUCUGGAACGACUGGAGCUUCUUGGCUCCCAAGUCCAGACGCCAUUCCUCAAAAAGGUGGAGCUGCCGGGCGUGCUGGCGACCGAGGUCGCCUACCAGUUCAUCGACCACAGCUUCCAGGAAUUCUUCGCUGCUCUGUCCUACCUGCUGGAGGACGAGGGGCCGUCCGGAGCGCCGGCUGGAGGCGUAAGAGAGCUUCUGCAGGGGGACGCGGAGCUGCGCUGUCACCUCGUGCUCACUAGGCGUUUCCUCUUCGGACUGCUGAGCGCGGAACGCAUGCGCGACAUCGAGGGCCACUUCGGCUGCGUGGUUUCCGAGCGCGUGAAGCAGGAUGUCCUGAAGUGGGUGCAGGACCAGGGUCAGGGCCACCCUAGGGUGGCGCCAGAGGGGGCCAAAGAGACGAAGUGCGAAGAGCCGGAGGAGGAGGAGGAGGAGGGCGAGGAGUUCGACCAGCUGCUGGAGCUGCUGUACUGCCUAUACGAAACGCAGGAGGACGCCUUCGUGCGCCAAGCCCUGCGUGGCCUCCCGGAGCUGGCGCUGGAGCGCUUGCGCUUCAGCCGCAUGGACAUGGCGGCCCUGAGCUACUGCAUGCGGUGCUGCCCGGAGGGACAGGCGCUGCGGCUGGUCAGCUGCGGAUUGGCCACGGCGCAGGAGAAGAAGAAGAAAAAGAGCCUGGUGAAGCGACUGCAGAACAGCCUGAGCGGCAGCACCAGUUCUCAAGCCACCAUGAGAAAACCCCAGACCUCCCCACUGCGUCCACUCUGCGAGGCCAUGACCGACCAGCACUGUGGUCUGAAGAGCCUGACGUUGUCCCACUGCAAACUGUCUGACUCUGUCUGCCUGGACCUCUCUGAGGCCCUCAGGGCGGCCCCCAGCCUGACUGAGCUGUGCCUGCUCCAAAAUGGGCUCAGCAACGGGGGCCUGCGUGUGCUGAGCGAGGGCCUGGCCUGGCCCCAGUGCCGGGUGCAGAAACUCAGGAUGGAGCAGCCCGGCCUCCAGGAAGCCCUCCAGUACCUGGUGGGGAUGCUCCGGCAGAGCCCCGCUCUGACCACGCUGGAUCUCAGUGGCUGCCAGCUGUCAGGACCCAUGGUGACCUACCUGUGCGCAGUCCUGCAGUACCCAGGAUGCCACCUGCAGGCCCUCAGUCUGACCUCCGUGGAGCUGAGCGAGCAGUCACUGGAGGAACUGCGGGCUGUGAGGACAGCAAAGCCAGGUCUGGUCAUUACACACCCAGCACUGGACGGCCACCCUGAGCCUCCCAAUGAAUUCUGCAGUGCCCUCUGAGGCCCUGAAGGCCAGGGCAGCCGGGAGGUCUCCGGGCAGCCCUGCGGGGUAGGCCUCCCAGUUCCAAGGGCGGAGGCCCCUGAGGGGCCCUGGACAGACAGGGCUGCUGACCUGGUCCUGGACAGGCCCUCUCCACACCAUGUGUCGCCCACACCCAGAAACAACUCCUCCCCUGGCCUCCACUGCUCCUCCCUCCUGCCCUGGGACCGUGCAGCCAGCCCCUUGCAGACCCCUCCCCCCAGCAACAGUAAUGAUGUGGGGAGCUCCUGGUAACUGAGCACCAACCUUGUACUGGGCAAAGGGUGACACCUUCACUGAUCCCAUCUCCAUCUGCACUAUGGGGCCCCACAGCCCCAUAAUUCUGCCCCUGGCCACAGAGAGGAUCAAGCCGGGGCUGACCCUUGAGCAGAGGUAGGCGGGUCACUGUCCUUCCCCAGUCAUUUGGGGCUUGGCAUCCGGAGGAAGCUGUCCCUGAGGCUGUGGGGUCCAAGCUCAGAGGUGUCCCCUUGCUAAGGUCUUUGGGAGCAGCAGUGGAGGGGGGAGGAGUUGUCCACCAGGGGAGGCUGGAGGUGGCAGCAGUGACGGCAUGGGUGGUGGGCAGCCUGCAUGUGCUGAUAAUAAAUU